CUUGCUCCAACAUGCCGUCCCUCGAAUUGAUCGACCACUCGCCUCGCAAUCCCACCCCCUCCCCGCCCAUACCCACCGCCUCCAACGUGGUGCUCAUUGACAACUACGACUCGUUUACCUGGAACGUGUACCAGUACCUUGUCUUCGAAGGCGCUGUUGUCACGGUGUAUCGCAACGACGAAAUCACUCUUGAGGAGCUCAUUGCAAAGAAACCUACACAGCUGGUCAUCAGCCCUGGCCCUGGACACCCAGAGAAGGAUGCCGGGAUUAGCAAUGCUGCCAUUAAGCACUUUAGUGGCAAAAUCCCCAUAAUGGGCGUGUGCAUGGGAGAGCAAUGCAUCUUCUACAGUUAUGGAGGCACAGUAGACGUCACUGGUCAGAUUCUCCACGGGAAAACAUCACCUCUCAAGCACGACAGCAAGGGUGUGUUUGUGGGCGUGCCCCAGAACGUACCGGUGACGAGGUACCAUUCUCUCGCUGGUACCCAUGGCACGCUUCCAGACUGCCUCGAGAUUACUGCAACCAUACCCGCCAACCCAGACGCCGAGGUCAAGGAAGUCAUCAUGGGUGUUCGUCAUAAAGAAUAUGUUUUGGAAGGUGUGCAGUUCCAUCCAGAGAGCAUUCUGACCGAGCACGGGCGUGUCAUGAUGAGAAACUUUCUCAAGAUGCAAGGAGGCACCUGGGCCGAGAACGAGCGACUACAGAAAGAAGUUGGGGCUGCUUCUGGCGGCGCAAAGAAGGGCAAGCAGACGUCCAUCCUGGAGAAGAUUUACGAUCACCGCAGGGCAGCCGUUGCUGUGCAGAGGGAGAUUCCCUCUCAAAGAUUUAGUGACUUGCAGGCUGCAUAUGAUCUCAAUUUGGCCCCGCCUCAGAUCAACUUUCCGGAGCGUCUCAGGCAAUCUCCCUAUCGGCUUUCGCUCAUGUCCGAAAUCAAGCGUGCAUCGCCUUCCAAGGGCAUCAUUUCCCUGUCGGCAUGUGCACCUGCUCAAGCGAGACUCUAUGCCAAGGCUGGUGCCAGCACUAUUUCCGUGCUCACAGAACCAGAGUGGUUCAAAGGCAGCAUCGACGACUUGAGGGCCGUCCGGCAAAGUAUUGAAGGAAUGCCAAACCGACCUGCUGUGUUACGCAAGGAAUUCAUCUUCGACGAAUAUCAGAUCCUCGAGGCCAGGCUUGCAGGUGCCGAUACUGUCUUGUUGAUUGUCAAGAUGCUGGAAGAGCCAGUCCUGAAGAGACUCUAUGACUAUUCCAGGUCGCUUGGAAUGGAGCCUUUGGUUGAGGUCCAGAAUGCCGAAGAGACCGAGAUUGCGGUCAAGCUUGGCGCGCAGGUCAUUGGCGUAAACAACCGAAACCUGGUAAACUUUGAAGUUGACAUGGAAACAACGAGCCGCCUGAUCAACAUGGUGCCAAAAGAAACAAUUUUGUGCGCCCUGAGCGGCAUCGCUGGUCCAAAGGAUGUCGAGCCAUACAUCAAGGGUGGCGUUGGUGCAGUGUUGGUUGGAGAGGCUCUUAUGCGCGCGUCAGACACUGCACAAUUCAUCUCAGAGCUCCUAGGUGGGACAAUUGCAAAGGAAAGCCGAACAUCAUCUCCUCUCAUGGUCAAGAUCUGUGGCACACGAAGUGCAGAGGCUGCCAAAGCUGCGGUCGAGGCGGGAGCCGACCUUAUCGGCAUGAUACUCGCUCCUGGGCUCAGGCGCACAGUGUCAACGGAAACAGCCCUUGCCAUUUCGGAAGCUGUACAUACAACCAAGAGGCCAACUGGCUCGAAAUCGGGACUACUGGCUGACUCGAAGACCGCGUCCGACUUCUUUGAGCACGGUGCAUCGCGACUUGUUUCGGAUGGUUCUCGCGCACUCCUCGUGGGAGUUUUCCGGAAUCAGUCGCUGGAGUAUGUGCUUGAGCAGCAGCGACUGUUCAACCUAGAUGUUGUGCAGUACCACGGCGAACAGCCAGUGGAGUGGGCAAAGCUUGUGCCUGUACCUGUUAUCAAGGCCUUCCACCCGCAUGACCAUGGCAUUGGUGUCAGAGGGUACCACGCCCUACCGCUGUUGGAUACAGGGUUAGGAGGCUCUGGUCAGCAACUUGAUUUAUCAGACGUCAAGGCAGUACUGGCAAAGGACAAUGGCAUCAAGGUCAUCCUGGCUGGAGGCUUGAACCCAGACAACGUGCAGACGGUGCUCGCGGGGCUUGAUGAGUACCGAGAUCGCAUUCAGGCAGUCGACGUUAGCGGCGGUGUGGAGGAGGAUGGCCAACAAAGCUUGGAUAAGAUACGUGCGUUUGUAAAGGCAGCUAAGGGCCUGCAGUAGACGUGUCGAGCUAAGCGGAAUAUCUAACAGGUUAUCGUUCGGACUAAAUAUCUUGCCAAGUGCCCAUUAAACAUCCAUGGAUAACGUCUUUGGCUAGUUCCC